AUGGAUCAGGGUCACGAUCAGGAUCAGGCCCCAGAACAGCUCUUCCACCACUCUCCGGACCACCGGGUAGUCAUCUGCACGGCCUGUCGGUAUGCCGUCCCUCCAAAUGCAGUGGCCAGGCAUCUCAAGGAAAUCCACCACAUCUACCGAUCAAGACGCCGGCCUUUCACGCAAUUUGUCCAGAAAUUAGACCUGGCCGACCCCGACCAUGUACUCGCCCCACGGGACGAUCAGUUUCCGGUGCCGUAUCUCCCGAUAUAUGAUGGGUUGCAGUGCGGUGUCAACGGCUGUGGGCAUCUGUGUCUGACGGAGAAACGGAUGCGAAGCCACUGGGUUCUGGCAAAGCACAGUGUCGCCGGACACAGUCUACAGUACCGGUGUGUUCCCGUCCAGACCUUUUUCCGGGGCAACAACCUGCGCUAUUUCACAGGCCGGACACAAAGGCUUCAUGGUCAGGAGCAGGAGCAGGAGCGCGUUGUGGCGGUCGAUUGUGACCUGGAAACCAGCCUCCGCAAACAGCAAAGUGACCCACGGGUCAGGCACGCCGUGUUGGCCGAUGUCAACGUCAGCUUGCCCCGGCAUCUACAUUUACAUCUCGAUCUUAGUGCCCGGUCCUUGCUCCAUCACUACCACACGGUGACAUGCCACACAAUCGCCACCGAUGCAGAGACCGCAACCUUGUGGCGGGACACUGUGGUCGAGCUGGCCCACGAAUAUAACUUCCUGAUGUUUGGCAUCCUGGCCCUGGCAUCUCUUCAUUGCGCCUAUCUCAAUCCCGAACAGCAGAAUGCGUACUAUGUCGAGGCCAGUAGAUACCAGGACAAAGCCAUGGGCCUCUUCCGCUUGGCAGUGUCCAGUCCGGACAAGGACAAUUGCCAUGCUGUGUUGGUUUUCACUCAUCUUCUCGUUCUCUACGCUUUCGCCUCCGAGAAACAGGACGACAGCCUCCUUUUGGUUACGGAGACGGAGGGAGAAGGCGAUAUCAUUCCAACGUGGCUACACUUCCUUCGAAGCGGCUGUAGCAUGCUUUGCACAGUCUGGGAGUUCCUUGAGUCCGGCCCCUGCAGCGUUCUUGCUCUUGCUUGGGAGGCGCCCUUCGCUGGAGUCAACAAGUUGGACGAGACCACCGCUCUGAACUCGCUGCUCCAAGCCGCUCUCCCAUCUUCCGAUUGUACUUGGUCGGAGCAUGUGCGUGAACUAUAUCGCGAAGCAGCCGCAGAGCUUGCACUGGCCUGUGCUUGCUCGCAAUCAACGCCUCAUGCCUUCACACCAUGGGAUGCUUUGAGAAUCUGGCCGAUGCGGGUAUCCGAUGGGUUCAUGUCGCUUAUGAAAGAACAGCAUCCGGCUGCUCUGAUCUUACUGGCACACUACUCCCUGCUGUUGAAGAGGAUCGAAUCGGAGUGGUUUUUCAGAGGUCGAGCAACCAGGUUGAUGAGGAGCAUUGUACGGAAGCUGCAUCCACAGUGGCAUCCAUUCAUUCCUUGUGCUUGA